AGCUCGAUCAACCGCACCAGCGCCACCACCGCCGCCGACGCGCGCUGCGCGGCCAAACGCAACACAAGCCAUGCUGCGCCGCGACCCGACGCGCAUCGAGAUGAAGCCCGAGGACAUCGAGGAGUUCGACGCCUACGUCGCGCAGCAGAAGGCGACCAAGAAGGAGGACAAGGGCGAGAAGCCGACGAAGAAGGAGGAGCGCGACGCGCGCAUCGGGUACCGCCCGACCAUGAGCGACUCGCCGGGCUACUGAAUGCGCAUUUCUUUACCGCUGCUCAUGUCGGCGCUCGUCCGCGGCUUCGCGCCGCCGUCCGUCGUCUUCCGCGCCAUCGAGCGCGGCGAGGCGCUCGCGGCCGCGGACGACGCCAUGGACGUCGACGCGCCCGUCGCACCCCAGAAAAAAGCCAAAAAGGCCAAGACGAAGAAGCGGCGCGCGGCGCCCAAGGCGCAGCCGCGGCGCGGAUCCGCGGCGAACGUGUAUUGGCGCGCCAUACCCAUGCGGGCCGUCCGCGCGCACCCGCUCUACCGGUCCCUGCCGCCGCAGCGCGAGGUCGUCGCCCGCGGCGCGUCGUCGAAUGCGCCGAAGCUCGCGGUCGCCGCGGCGCUCGAGCAGGACACGUGGCGGUGGGACGCCUUGCACGCCGGUCGCCUCACGGGCGCGCGGGUCGCCGCCGCGUGCGGCUUGUUGGAGGCCGACGCCGCUUUGAAGCUCCGCGUGCCCCGUUCCCUGAGCGGCCACGGCCGCGCCGUCGCCGCCGCGCAGCACCUGCGGCAUCGAGUCGACGCGGAAGGCGUCGUCGCCGCCGUCUUCGCGGAAGGCGACUACGACGACGAGAAGCUCGGCGACGCGUCGUGCUGGGCGCCGGGGCGGGGCCUUUACGCCGUCGACUACGUGGGCGGGCUGGACGGCACGGCGCGGGCCUUCCGCGACCCGUCGUCGGCGCGCAUGGCCUGGGGCAAGACGCAGGAGGGCGUCGGCGUCUUGGCGGCCGUGAAUUUCAUCGACGCGCGGCACCGGGGCGCGUGCGUCGUCGCGGAGACGGGCAUGCUGCCCGGCGAGCACGCCGACGCGGCCAUCGCCGAGCUCCUCGAGGCCGCGUGGCUCCCGCCCGGGGGCGCCGGCGUCGCGUGCCUCGAGGCGCUCCGGUUCCGCCUCGCGGAGGCGGCGAAGCGGCCCCCGCCGCGCGCGGCGACGGCGGUCCCCAUCGGCGCGAGCCCCGACGGCGUCGUCGUCUACGGCGACGGCUCCCUCGAUGUGCUGGAAGUCAAGUCCGUCGCGCCGUUCUCGCGCGCGACGGGCGCGGCUUCUAUGGAGCUCCGGGACCGCGGGCCCCACGACGCGCUCGCGACGUGGCACGUGCCCCAGCUCAUGCUCGAGAUCCACGCGGCCGGGUCGCUCUGCGGCGGCGCGGUCGUCGCGUCCGUGUCCGCGACGCGCGGCGCCUGCUUCCUCCGCGUGCCGCGCGACGACGCGUACAUCCGCGCGAUGCUCGACCUCCUCGACGCGUUCUACGAGCGGUUUUGUGGCGGUGGUGAUGCGGACCCGCCGGCCUGCUUCAACGCGGACCUCCCGGGCUUCGACGACUUCGUCGACCGGACCAACGCCAUCGCCGCGAACGCGACGCUCCUCGGGCGCACGGACGGGGUGGCCGUGGACACGGACCCGCUGCUGGCGAAGCCGGCGACGGGCUGCAUCGGCGUCGUCGACGAUGCCGUCGCCGCGGCGGCGUCCAACGGCCACCCCUGGAACCCCGUGCCCCACCUGCGCGCCAUGUGGUUCCGGAGCGACAGCGGCCGCGCGGACUCGUCGGCGCCGCUCGACGGCCUGCGCGCGCUGGCAUUCUUGUGGGUGGUGCAGUACCACGUGUCCCUCGCGAUCACGGACGCGAACACCGGGCUGCCGAUCCUGAACGCCCUCGUGUGGCAGGGCUCGUGCGGCGUGUCCCUGUUCUUCGUGCUCAGCGGCUUCCUCGUCGGCCGCGUCUUCGACCGGCUCCUCGCGCGCAAGGGCGCGGCCUUCCGGCCGGCCUAUGGCACCUUCCUCUACCGGCGCUUCGUGCGCAUCUGGCCCGCGCUCAUGGCGUCCGUGCUCGUCGUCCAACUCUACGCGACGGCGCGGAACUUUCCCGACGACGCCUGGUGGUCCGCGUGCGGCACGAACGAGCUCGCGGGCGCGCUCCUGCGCAACGGCCUCUUCCUCUUCGACACGUCGGCGGUCUUCGUGGACGCGCCGGGGUGCGUCGUGAACCAGGUGACGUGGUCGGUGAGCUGCGAGUUCCAGUAUUACCUGCUGACGCCCUUCUUCAUCUACGCCUACCGCCACUCCUCCAAGCUCGCGGCGUCGGGCGCCGUGGUCUUAGCGCUCGUCGCGUCCCUCGCCUACCGCGCCGUCGUGCUCGCGCGCCACCCGAGCUGGACGGAGUCGAACCCCUGGAACGACCCCAAAACGUUCGGCGCGUCCGACGCCUUCGAGCUCGCCUACGUGUCGGCCUGGGGCCGCGGCGCGGAGUACUGCUGCGGCAUCCUGGCCUUCUUCGCCGCCGACGCGCUCGAGGACCGGCCGGACGCGCGGCGGGCGCUCUUCAGGCCCCUGUCCCAGGCCGCUGUCUUCGGCACGUGGGCCGUCGUCCAGGUCUACGGCCUCUGGUACCGCCUCGCCUACCUCGACGACUUCCACGCGUCCUGGGAGAUCUUCGACUUCGUCUUCGGCUUCUUCCUCGUCGCGGCCGUCGCGGCCUACGUCGUCGUCGACGUCGUCGGCGGCGAGUCGCGCGGCUUCCUCGCGCUUCUGCGCCGGUGCCUCGCCGCGGGCUGCUUCUACCCCAUCGCGAGCGUCAGCUACACGGGCUACCUCUUCCAGUACGCGGCGAUCAUGCAGUUCAAGAUCGCACCGGACGUGCUCGACGCGACGGCGAGCGUCGGGGCCUACUACGCCGUCGUGCUUCACGCGACGUCCGCGUGCUGCGCCGUGGGCCUCGUCGCGAGCCUCCUCGUCGAGCGGCCGGCCAUGGCCGUUGGGAAGCUGUUGGAGGGCGGGGCGUCGACGCCGCCGAAGACGCCGCGGCGGCCGGCGGCCGGCGACCGCGCGCUCGUCGCCGCGGCCGUCGCGAUCGCCGCCGUUGUCGCCGUCGGACUCGGCGUCCUCGCGGCGGAUCCCUCGAAGGCCAUCGGCGCCCGCGACGGCAACGUGGCGCCCGCAACACCACCGGACGCGCCGCCGGACCUCCACGCGGCGGCGACCUUCGUCUUCCCCGUGGAGUGCGCGAGCUACGACGACGACGGCGUCUAUCCCAACGACGUGUGCACGAACCACGACGUCCUCUUCUGCAACGAGAACUGCGGGCCCGGGAGCCUCUGCGACCAGCUCGGCUGCGCCGACGCCUGCGUCUUCGACGCGGACUGGGCCGACGGCAAGGUGUACGACGCCGGCGCGACGAGCUGGGGCGCGCCGUGCGUUUUGGGCGCGCUCGCGGAUUUGGACGCCGCGUGCGCGGGCACCUACGCGCCCGGCGCGCCGCCGAGCGCGUCCCACGACGCGGGGCCGGCGCGGGCGACGCCCCUGGGCUGGGACGAGGACGGCCUCACGGCCUCCUGCGAGUCCCACGCGUGGUGCGCGGCGUGCCCGGAGUCGAACGCGUACUGCGCGGCCUUCGGCGCGGCCGUCGGCACGGUGGCGCUGUCGACGCAGCGGUUCCUGCGCGACUUCGAGGGCGCCUGCGCGUCCCUCGCGGCCUGGGACGGCGAAUCGGCCCUAAGUUUGCUCGGGGCCUGGACGUCGAGCGCGUUCUCCAUGGUCUCCCAGCCCUUCUUCGCGUCGGCGGCCGCCGCGGCCUUGGCCUUCUCCUUCUUCGUCGGCUUCUUCUCCUUGAUCUUCUUCGCCUCCCAGGGCGCGUCGUCGCCGUACUUCUUCUUCGCGUCGGCGUCGAGCGCGCUCCAGCCGGCGGCCAGCGCCUUCAUGACCAUCUGGCUCCGCGCGCCCGCGGCGGCGUCGGCGUUCUCCUCGUCGACGCGCGCCUUGCACGACGCGCGGAACUGCGCGCUGUAG